CGUUGCCCAGCAAAAACUUUCUCCCCAUGUCCCGCUUCUUCCUCUCCAGUGUUUUGGGGUUCCUCUUCGGUCGGCCAUCGAUAGACUGCCAAACAGUUCUACUCUGUUGGAGGUCGGUUUGGUCGCUUUCUCCUUCGGUUUCGCAUCCCGGGGACAGAUUUAAGGUUUCGGUGAAAUCCUUCUUGGGUUCUUUCGUAAGUGGGUAUACUUUUUGUCUCACCUGUUUCCAUAUGUUCCGGGAAGCUCCUCCAGGGCAGCGGAGUCAACCAGGGAUCGCCCCUAAGGAUACUUGAGACGGAUCAGGAGGAAUCCAUGGCAUUAUGAUACACCGUAGUGUAUGCAUGGAGAUACGUGAGGAGAGCCAGUGACUUGAUUCAUGGAAUUGAUGAUGAUGAUGCUGAUGCAUAUUUAUGUUUGAAUGUGCUGCUUCUCUGCAUUUCCUGUAGGAUAUGAUUUCUCUGAAAAUCUUGAGAUACACUAGUAUUAGGGAAGUUGUAACUCAGCAACAUUCCAUAAAGUUGUCAUUUAGCCCCUUUCAUUUAUACAUCCAGAGGAGAUGGCUAAAGCCUGUAGAUUCGGCACAAACUCGGUUGGAAAACCGAACAAGGGAUCAUCGUUUGGACAAACUCAUCGUCCACCACAGGAAACUGAAGAUCAUCCUUGAAAUAGAGAAAUUCAUGUCCUGCAAAAAGCGUGGCCCAUUUGUGUCUGUACAGCUGAUGUCUCGUUGGAAAAACGUCGUUGGCUUGAACAUUGGGGUUGGAGCCUUCAUCCGCAAAUACCCUCAUGUCUUUGAGUUAUUUAGUCACCCUGCCCGGAGGAAUUUGUGUUGCCGGAUGACAGAUAAGAUGAGGGCUUUGCUUGACGAGGAAGGGAAUAUUAUUAGAGCAUGUGAAGCGAAUGCAGUCAUGCGGAUAAAGAAGUUAUUGCUGAUGUCAAAAAAUAGGGUUCUUCAUGUUCAUGCAUUGAGGUUGAUCAGGAGAGAGCUGGGUUUACCUGAGGAUUUUAGAGAUUCGAUUUUGGCCAAGUAUAUUUCAGAUUUCAAGUUAGUUGAUCUGGAAACUGUGGAAUUGACCGAUGCAGAUGAAAGUUUGGCUGUGGCUAAUGUAGAACAAUGGAGGGAGAAAGAAUACAGAGAGAAAUGGUUGAGUGAGUUCGAGACAAAGUUCGCAUUCCCUAUCGAUUUUCCCACGGGAUUCAAGAUCGAAAGGGGUUUCAGAGAAAAGCUAAAGAAUUGGCAAAGGCUUCCUUAUGUAAAGCCUUACGAGAAACAUGAUGUUAGAAAGGGUCAUACUCGUGGAGGGGUAGAAAGAUUUGAAAAGCGAGCUGUCGCUGUCAUUCAUGAGCUACUGAGCCUAACAGUAGAGAAAAUGGUUGAAGUUGAAAGAUUAGCUCACUUCAGAAAGGAUCUCGGGAUGGAAGUCAACAUCCGGGAAUUGCUCUUGAACCAUCCCGGCAUUUUCUACAUAUCUACAAAGGGCGGAAUUCAGUCUGUGUUUCUCAGAGAAGCCUAUAGCAAGGGCUGCUUGAUAGAGUCAAAUCCAAUAUACAACGUGCGAAGGAAACUGUUGGACCUCGUCUUGUUAGAGCAGCGUUAUACCAGAGAACUGCAGACUCAAGACGAAACUCUGGAUGAGGAGAGUGAUGAUUGUGAAGAGGAAUGGAUGAAAGGAACAAGGGAUGGAGACUGGGUCUUACCGAUUUUAGAGCACGAGGCUGACUCCUUCCCCGAGUAAAUAACUCGAGAACAAGAUCUAUGAUUGGAGGGAACUCUGGAUGAUGGUUAGCUUCCAUUCCUUAUUACAGUUUCUCUACUUUUUUUGGUUUCUAAACCCUAGACAGAAAUGCAACCAACUCUAAACAGUUGUAUGGGUGGAAGAAACUCAUAUUUCCGAAGAAUUUGGAGAACUAGUCUAUUAACGGGCUGUCACAGCGUUUGUAAUGUCUCGUUCUCGUGCUUGCCCUUACGCGAAAGUGGUAAUCUUUCCUGAAGCACAAUGAUCUUGGCCAGGUGAUUUGCAGGUCCCCGAACGAAGGCUACGAACUCGAUAUCGAUAUUCCCGAGCUCUCUCGGUGGGAAAAGGAAGAAAAACCCUGUGUUGAAGUCGCUUUGGAUGUGAUGACGGUAACAAGCAAAGCCAUGGAUUGUACCAUUGGGAGCAGGACAGGACCACAUACAAAGGCAGAGGAGACUGGCCAUGUUUUCCCAAGACAUGAUUGUGAAGAACAUCCAUCCUUGUGUUCGAGUCAUCCAUUAGCGUAUCCCGACGUAACAAUACCAACAUCAUAUGAAUCUGAAUUAAUUCGAAUGUAUAAACAAAGCUUUUCUUUCUUGCUUCAACUUAAUAUACGAAAAAUUGGGAUAUUUAAA